CCGUCCAGGAAAAGGGGCGGUCAAGACACGUUGACGGGCAGGAAUCGUUAACCAAUCGUAGCAGAGGGCCGCCGCCCCUCCACCCAAUGGAUAAGUUGGAAGUGUCGUCUGGGGCGGGCCUGUUGUCAUGGGGGAGGUGGUGGCGCUUGGUGGCUACUGGCGGCCGAGGUAGAGUCUGAGGCGCCGGAGUUGUGCAGGGCCAGCGGCAGUUUUCAGAUUUUGGAGCCUAAGGAACAUUUUCUAGGGAACACUGCCAGUGCAGAACUUUGGCAACCAAGAUCUUGAUACAUAGCCACAGACUGGAAUACUGGUGGGCCACAGUCCUCAGAAACCUUAAGACAGGUUGUAAAAGUUAACAUGAACAAACUACGGCAAAGUUUUAGGAGAAAGAAAGAUGUUUAUGUCCCGGAGGCCAGUCGUCCACAUCAGUGGCAGACAGAUGAAGAAGGAGUCCGAACUGGAAAGUGUAGCUUCCCAGUUAAGUACCUUGGCCACGUAGAAGUUGAUGAGUCAAGAGGAAUGCACAUCUGUGAAGAUGCUGUAAAAAGAUUGAAAGCUGAAAGGAAGUUCUUCAAAGGCUUCUUUGGAAAAACGGGGAAGAAAGCGGUGAAGGCAGUUCUGUGGGUGUCGGCCGAUGGACUCAGGGUUGUGGAUGAGAAAACCAAGGACCUCAUAGUUGACCAGACCAUAGAGAAGGUUUCUUUCUGUGCCCCAGAUAGGAACUUUGACAGAGCCUUUUCUUAUAUAUGUCGAGACGGCACUACUCGGCGCUGGAUCUGCCACUGCUUCAUGGCUGUCAAGGACACGGGGGAAAGACUGAGCCACGCCGUGGGCUGUGCUUUUGCAGCCUGUUUAGAGCGGAAACAGAAACGGGAGAAGGAGUGUGGAGUCACUGCUACUUUUGACGCCAGUAGAACCACCUUUACAAGAGAAGGGUCGUUCCGAGUCACAACUGCCACUGAACAAGCAGAAAGAGAGGAGAUCAUGAAACAGUUGCAAGAUGCCAAGAAAGCAGAGACAGAUAAGGCAGUUGUUGGUUCAUCAGUGACCCCUGGCAACACUGUUCCAUCCCCAUCCUCUCCCACCUCUCCCACUUCGGAUACCACUGCCUCUCUGGAGAUGAACAAUCCUCAUGCCAUCCCACGCCGGCAUGCACCAAUUGAACAGCUUGCUCGCCAAGGCUCCUUCCGGGGAUUUCCUGCUCUUAGCCAGAAGAUGUCACCCUUUAAACGCCAACUGUCCCUACGCAUCAAUGAGUUGCCUUCCACUAUGCAGAGGAAGACUGAUUUCCCAAUAAAAAACGCAGUGCCAGAGGGAGAGGGAGAGGGAGAGGCGGAGAGCAUCAGCUCCCUGUGCUCGCGGAUCACCAGUGCCUUCAGCACACCCUCUGAGGACCCCUUUUCCUCGGCCCCAAUGACCAAACCAGUGACGUGGGUGGCACCGCAGUCUCCUGUCUUACAAGCUAAUGGCACUGACUCAGCCUUCCCUGUGCUUACUGCUAAGCCAGCCAAUACUGCUCUAGCACCCGUAGCAAUGCCUGUGCGUGAAACCAACCCUUGGGCCCAUGCCCCUGAUGCUGCUAACAAGGAAAUGGCAGCCAUACAUGCGGGGACUGAGUGGGGUCAGUCUUCCGGUGCUGCCUCUCCAGGUCUCUUCCAGGCUGGUCAUAGACGAACUCCCUCUGAGGCCGACCGUUGGUUAGAAGAAGUAUCAAAGAGCGUCCGGGUCCAGCAGCCCCAGCCCUCAGCUGCCGCUCUGCAGCCAGCUCUGCAGCCUCCUCCACCUGCCGCCACUGCCCCACCAGCAGCACCUUUCCAAGGAAAUGCAUUCCUCGCCUCUCAGCCUGUGCCCAUCGGUGUGGUCCCACCCCUGCAGCCAGCCUUUGUCCCUGCCCAGUCCUACCCUGUGGCCAAUGGGAUGCCCUAUGCAGCCUCUAACGUGCCUGUAGUGGGCAUCACCCCGUCCCAGAUGGUAGCUAACGUGUUUGGCACUGCAGGCCAUCCUCAGGCCGCUCAUCCCCAUCAGUCCCCAAGCCUGGCCAAGCAGCAGACAUUCCCUCAGUAUGAGACGAGCAGUGCUACCACCAGUCCCUUCUUUAAGCCUCCUGCUCAGCACCUCAAUGGUUCUGCAGCUUUCAACGGCGUAGACGAUGGCGGGCUGGCCUCAGGAAGCAGGCACGCAGAGGUCCCCGCAGGCGCCUGCCCCGUGGAUCCUUUCGAAGCCCAGUGGGCCGCACUAGAAAGCAAGUCCAAGCAGCGCAGUAACCCCUCCCCUACCAACCCUUUCUCCAGCGACUUACAGAAGACGUUUGAAAUAGAACUUUAGACAAGCUC